UAUAUUGUAUUCCUCAAGGCUGGGCACUCCAGCCACAAGCAUGCUAUCGGGAGGAGCUAGAUAUGCUCAAGAUUGGACAUGAAAUCGUAAGGCCGGGUUACAAAUACGGCGAUGCGCCGAUGACCAUUCCCGUGCCCGAAGAAUUGGAAACCGUCCCCGGCAUUCCUAUUAACGACCGGGAAGUUGACUGGUAUGCCAGGGAGUAUCCCCUGGAGUCCAUUAACUACACCGAGCGUGCAUCCCGCGACUGGGCGAACAACCUUCGGGACGAACACGCUGAAAUGCGUGAGAUCCGCAAAGAGCACGACAAGCUCAACCGCGGCCUGAUCAUCGCCGGACGGAUGACCGCAGAAAUGGAGCCGACGGCCGAGCCCACCGGCGAGGACGUCACGGAGUUGAUCAAGAACAAAGCCCACCAGUUGGGUUACUUGGAAGCAGGUAUUGCUCCUUACGACUUCCGCUACGAGUACCAGAGCAAGAAGGGCUUCACCAGCCUUCCUCAUGCCAUCUGCUUGGCCUACGAGCAGGACUAUGAGCCGACCCAGACGAUCCCCAGCAUCGACGCUGAGAUCGUGCACUCCAGCACUUACCGGACGCAGGCCGCAGCCGGGUUGGAGUUGGGCAACUUCAUCCGUUCGCUGGGAUACAAGGCCCACGUAAUCCACUCUUCUGACGCCACCGGGCCGGUCAUCCCCAUGUUCGUGGAAGCUGGCUUGGGACAGUUGGGCGCCUGUGGUUACCUGUUGACCCCGCACGCCGGCAACCGCAACCGGUUGAUGAUGGUCACCACCGAUGCCAACGUCACCCAUGACAAGCCCAUUGACUACGGCAUCCACGCAUUCUGCCAGAAGUACGGCAUGAAGAACGUGAUGGAGCACUAUGCCGAGACCGGACAGGUGCUGGGCAAGGGCACCCACGACCUGGAAGGGUACACCAUCGAAGGCAAGGGCUACUUCGGCCCCGGUGAACUGCCGGUAUUCGACCGUGGCUUCUUCGACAUGCCCCAGGGCAGCAUCGAGGACCAUGCAUUCGAUAACUUCAAGAAGCAGGCCGCAGCCGCUGGCGGCGCGAUCACCGAUGAUAUGCUCUGA